AAUGAAUCAUCAAUAAUACAAUUAAUUAAUUUUCAAAACCAAAGAAAAGUAGAAGCAGAAAACUAGAGGAGGCAGAAAGAAACCAUAGGUCCAUAACCGAGAAUCUGUUGAAGCCAAGCAAAGCUUACAGCUAAGAAAUUGUUUAUCAUCAACAGUCCACUGCAAUAUUCUGGAGACUUAGAGAAGCGAUCUUUGUGGCUGCUUUUGUUAUUCUCCUUUGGUGCUUUGGAGAAUCUAAUUCUCUUCGGACAAGUUUCUUUCUUCUACUGCUUCUUUUGUCUGUUUUCGUUGGAAUAAUUCAAAGUCAAGAUCAAGGAAGGAGGAUUCAUCUUCUCCAAGAAAUUGCGUAACCAGACAGAGUUCUAGGAAGAAAAAGGAAUUCAAUAGCAUGGUUGGAAUUUUCUCCAGAUUUUCUGUUGGUAGAGGCGGCCAUAGACGAACACAGAGUGCCAUCGCUGAGAGGGGAGCAUUGCCUCCAAGUUCUGAUAUUGUUGCUUCACCUAACACAGCACCCACUUCAACUCAUGGGAUCGAAGUAACAACAGAGUUUAAACCCGUGGAACACCCUUUCGAGCCUUUGGACAACGAUCAACCGAUCCAAUGUCCACUCCCCGAGCCAUCCAUUCUCAAUGAGGGGAGAAUCUGGAAGGAGAGAGUGUCGGCUUCUUCGAUGAGGAGACGAAGCGAUUUGGCCAUUGUUAAAGAUGGAAUGGGUGAAGAAUCUGAUGGCUCUUUGACAAAACCAAUACGGACUAGCCAAUCUAAUCCUGACCGUCUGAUUUUGCCUUCGCUCAGUGCACCUGAAAACAACUUGCUUAAUCUACUAGAUGAUUGCAAAGCAUCCGGCAGUAUCUAAGAACCAAAGGUGGUUUAUGCUCUUUUUUUCUUUUCCUUUUGUGUGUAAGAACAAAACCAAACCAUAGUCAAUGUUAUAAUACUUUAUUGUUAACUCAAUUCAUAGAGC